UGUUGACGUCGCCGCUUGCUGCUUAAUUCAUCGCAGGGUAAUGCAAUGGCAUAUUUUCAACUAAAGCACUAAGAAAAAUGUUCUAAAAAUAGACUCGUCUCAUCUUCCGCAUCUUUGUUUAGAGGGCACAUGUUGAAACGCGCUCGGGUUAUAACGGAAUCUACCCAAAAAAAAAAAAAAAAAAAAAAGAGGAAACCAACACCAGGAGACUUGCUGCUGUCGAAGAGAACAAGGGCAAGAUGAUCGACAGACUGAGCGAGCUCCACGCCAUCGCCGCCAAGCCCCCAGAGGCGGAGGAGUACAGCCUGGCAGCCAAUUGCGAGGACUCGGAGCAGGACGAGUCUACCGUGCCGCUUUUCAGCGUGGAGGAGGCUAUGUGGGGCAUCCACACGGAGGUCCAGGCCAUGAAGAAGGAGAUGCUGCUCCUCAACAUGGAUGUCAACCGUCUGGGCAAGGAGAGCAGUCGCUUCCUCACCUCGGUGCGGCGCUUCAGCAGCAUCAAGCGGGACGCCAACGCCGUGGGGCGCGGCAUCAAGACCCGCGGGGAGGCCAUCUUCGCCCGGCUGGAGAGGCUGAGAGCGCUGAGCGAGGAGCUGGCGCGGCUGCACGGCGACUCCUCGGUGGUGGCCCGUGUGGCGCGGUGCCAGCACGCCGCGCUGACCGGGAUCUUCCGCCGGGCCAUGACGGAGUACAACCGCGCCGAGAUGGAGCAGCGAGAGAACUGCACGGCGCGCAUCCAGCGGCAGGCGGCCAUCGUGGGGCGGGAGGUGAGCCGGGCGCAGAUCGAUGAGAUGAUGAUGACGGGCAAGUGGGACGUGUUCGCCGGGGACGGGUUACUGACGGCGGAUGCGCGCGGCGCCCGCUCGGCGCUGAGCGAGAUCGAGAGCCGCCGCCGGCAGCUGUGGGAGCUGGAGGGCCGCAUACGGGACGUGCGCGACCUCUUCUUCCAGGUGGCGGUGCUGGCCGAGGAGCAGGGCUGCAUUGUGGACGACAUCGAGGCCAACGUGCGCAACACCCAGGACUACGUGGUUGCCGCCGGCAACCACGUGCGCCAGGCCGUCAGGUACAAGAAGGAGAACCCUUGCAAGAAGAUCUUCUGCUGUUGUUUCCCCUGCUGCCACUGAAGUGGAAAAAAGGCAAAACCUGGAACACGCAUUGCGAUCGUCCGCCGAAGGGAAAUCAAUUGGGAUCAAAUCCAUUUUUCAAGGCUGUGUUAGGGUUUCAAAUAAGAAUUUGAUUUCAAAUUAGGGUUCUAAAGUAAGGAUAGGGUUGUUUUGAAAUUAGAGCUUGAAGUCAAGGUUAGGGUUCCAAAUUAGGGUUUCAAGCCUUGGCUGGUGUUUUAGAGUAGGGGUAAGAUUAGAAACAUGAGAGAGGUCCUUGAAGUGACGCUCAGGGCAGUUAGUCACAGGGGAAUUUUUGCACUUCAACUGCGACGGUUCCACUUCCUCACUUGUUUAUGUGGGCUGCGUUACCGACCGACAGUGCCAUCACUCCAAGUCGACGUAGUUAAGGUUCGAAAGUCAAAGGGAACCUGGACUCUGUGUCGUUCGCAGUGCCUCAAAUUCACAUUCAUACAAAAGAAAAUUUGAUCUGAGUAGGGAACCUCGGUGGACUAGCGGGACUGGGGGGGGGGGGAAGAAAAAAAAACCUGUACUGUGCAAAAGUUAGCAAUCGUUGCAAAGAAAUUUCAGAACAUUUGGGGGAUGACAAAAAAAUUUUUUUAAAUGCGCUGAGAAUUUUUGGGUGAAAAUGUUGAAAAUAUUUCAGAACAUUUUGAGAUGGGAUGAAUGUUGAAAACGCAAAAACAUUUCGGAUCCAAAGAAAAGCAUUGAAAAGAUUGUAGAAAUAUUUCGGAAGGGAACAAAGAAAAAUAGCUUUGAAACAUUUUUGGAUGAAAAGACAAACGUUGAAAAUAUGAGAAAAAAAUUGAAGGAAAAGAAAAAAAUUGGGGGGGAUUCAAAUAAUUUUUGGGUGAAAAAUACUUCAUGGGAAAAGAAAAAAAAUAAAGCCUUUACAAAAAGUGAAAUGUUAAAAAUAUUUAAGGAUUAAAAUUUUUUACAGAGAUCUUGGUUCAACAUAAAAAUGCAGCAAAUUCCUCUGAAUUUUUUUUUAUGAUGAAAAAAGUAGAAAACAUUUCCAAAAAAUUUUGAUGAUUAUACAUAACUUCAUAUUUAAGAGAAAUACUUAAACAUAUCAAAAUAAUUUAUGCAUGACGAGGUAAAUAAAUUUGACAAUGCCCCCAGGGGUAAAAGCUGUAUUGUAAAGCCCCUUUAUUCUUUUUAUUAAAACGCUUGAAAAGAUGGCAUCCUGUGGUGAAAGCACACUUCACAGCUCGAGUGAAAACAAAAGUUUAGAACACCAGUGAGAAAAUAAAGAGUACAAAUAAAAACAAAAUGGAGGUUCACACAUUUAAACAAAAAAAAAAAAAUGGAGGUACACACACACACACACACACACACACACACACACACAGUUUAACAUCACACUGUGCCUGAGAACUGAAUUAAAGACUCGUCGCUGUCGGGCAGAAACCAUGUAUGCGCAAACACAGUGAAUUUCAUAUACCCCCCCCCCCCCUCCCCCUCCCAGAGAUCAAUACUGUUAUUUUGACUCAUGAGCUAAAUUGAAGUGUUGGAAAUAGCUUGAGGAGGAAAAAAAACAAAAAACUAAUAAACUCUUGAAUGCUUGAACGAUCUGAGAAGUGCUGUAAAACUCCGCCUCUUUCCACACUCUGCGGGAGCGGGGCGGAAUUAUGUCGCCUCAAGAUUGAAAGUCGGGAUGCUUUUUAAGACAAUACGAGUGAAAAUAAUUAUGUUAGAUACAGUUGCGUAAGCCUGUUUUGUUACAAAUGGAUCGCUGUAAUGCACCGACCGAUCCAGAUGGAACUGGUUGGUCAUCCCCAAAGGUACGUUUACGCACCGAUUCAUUUCCGCAUAUUAGACUGCUUAGUCAGCUCACCGUUUUAUACACUGCGUCUAAAAA